GUCACACUCGAAAAUUGUUUGCCCGCGCGAGGUGCUGCGUUUCGUUUCGGCUCGCAUCGAAAUCACAAAAAAUAAGUUAUAGCCGCCGGGAAAAAUCGCGAAAUAAUUUUUGAUUUUUUGUGGAUAAAAAACAAAAUUAUUGUCAACACAUUUUGCUUCACAAACAAACAAGAAUAAUGUGUGAAUGAAACAAUAGGCGACAACAACAAAUUGUGCCACCCCAGACAGCCAGUGUGCGAGAGCGUGAGAGGUGGUCGUGCAUUCCUCUCUAACACACACACACACACUGAAAUCGCCGCCGACGACGCGUACGCAACAAACGAAAAUAAAACGCAAGCAAAAAGGAGAGAGAAAGAACAAAUAACGCCCACCGUAACACCCCCCGCGACUAAGAAGAAGCACAGAAGCUGAAGCAGAGAAAUACGAAUAAGAAGAGGCAAAAAGCAGACGGCAGAAUUGGAGCUUUGCGCAGAAAUCGAUUUUUUGCCCAUUUUAAGAGAUUUUCGGUGAACUCUCCCACUGCCGAACAUCGUUUAUCGCCCCUCCGUGCGUGUAUUUGAGUGUGUGCGCGCCUGUAUAUGUGUUCCAGUGCGAAAGUGAAACAAACAAAUACAACAAGAGAGAAAAAAAAGAUUAAAAUAAUAUAGUAGAAGUGAGUCAGAAAUAACACGAAAAAGAAAAAUUAAUUCAGCAGCAGCUUUAGCUUUUUAGCUGCUGGCAUUGAAGAGGUGCUCUGCCGCAGUCGACGUCUCUGCCGCCGCCCGCAACCACGCGCUCUCUUUGCCUCUCUCACUCUUCCUCUCUUUCUGUGAGCGAAAUAACACCACACAAAACACACAAGCAAAAACCAAAAAAAAAAAAAACACAUAAUAAUAUUAACCAAUAACGCCAGCCAAAGUGCCAGUUAAGUUAAAAUUAUACACUAAAAGUAAACCAAAAAGAGAGAGCUGCCAGCCGAAAGCGGAAAAUCAAUAAAAGGUCUCUCGCAAAAGUGGGAAAAACGUGCAAACAAGUUAAAAAGCAAAGCUGCAAAAAAGGAAAAACGGAAAACUCCGCGCGCGUUUACACGUGUAGCUUUUGUGUAUGUGUGCGUGUUUAACGUUUAACUGCUAAUCGCAAAAACGCAAUCUGCAAAAACCGCAUAACAAAAGCUUACGUAAAGCUUGGCGAGUAAGAAAACCAACAACAACGAAGCAUAUAAAUCAUAAAAUAAAAACUCAUAAAAACUAUAAGCAAACUUUAACUAAAACACCAUAGUUCUACGAAACCCCAUAGAAAACGAGGAUAGUCCCAAAAAAUAAAAAAUAAACCCUUAAAAAAUCGGAAGUAAUUAAAUUCGUAGAAACCCCUUGAAAAAAUCGUAUAAAACCUUAACACAAAGAUGACUAAAGACAGAUUAGCCGCUCUGCAUGCCGCCCAAUCCGAUGAUGAGGAGGAGACGGAGGUGGCCGUCAAUGUGGAUGGCCAUGAUUCCUACAUGGACGACUUCUUCGCCCAGGUGGAGGAGAUUCGCGGGAUGAUCGACAAGGUGCAGGACAAUGUCGAGGAGGUGAAGAAGAAGCACUCGGCUAUCCUGUCCGCCCCGCAAACGGACGAGAAGACCAAGCAGGAGCUGGAGGAUCUGAUGGCCGACAUUAAGAAGAAUGCCAAUCGCGUUCGGGGCAAGCUCAAGGGCAUCGAGCAGAAUAUCGAGCAGGAGGAGCAGCAGAAUAAGUCGUCGGCGGAUCUAAGAAUCCGGAAGACGCAACACUCGACGUUGUCUCGGAAAUUCGUCGAGGUGAUGACCGAAUAUAAUCGCACGCAGACCGAUUACCGAGAGCGUUGCAAGGGAAGGAUACAGCGUCAGCUGGAGAUCACUGGACGGCCGACCAACGAUGAUGAGCUCGAGAAGAUGCUGGAGGAGGGCAACUCAUCGGUGUUCACGCAGGGCAUCAUUAUGGAGACACAGCAGGCCAAACAAACGCUGGCGGAUAUUGAGGCUCGGCAUCAGGACAUCAUGAAGCUUGAGACAUCGAUUAAGGAGCUGCACGACAUGUUCAUGGACAUGGCCAUGCUGGUGGAGUCGCAGGGCGAGAUGAUCGAUCGCAUUGAGUACCAUGUGGAGCACGCUAUGGACUAUGUGCAGACGGCAACUCAGGACACCAAGAAGGCGCUCAAGUACCAGAGUAAAGCCCGACGAAAGAAGAUCAUGAUACUGAUCUGCCUCACUGUGCUGGGCAUCUUAGCGGCCUCAUAUGUUAGCAGUUAUUUCAUAAUCCAAGCAAGCAAGUAGCAUGCUCAUCAAGGCCUAUAAUCUGCAUUAUCUACACACAUUUUGUAGUACAAUUCAGACAAUGCAAAAC